UUUUAGAACAGUCCAAGAAUCAAGAGGAUGGGAAGAAUUUCAAAGGAUGCACUGAUUUACCCAAGUAUGAUGACCAGAACAGACAAAGUAGGGGUGCAGAAAAUUGGGACGAAGAAAUACCAGAUAAUCCAAGGAUAGGAGUUGAUCCUUCAUAUUUUGCUAGGAUGGAGUAUAAAGAUAUGUCAGGAAUGAGUAGAUCUGAGAAGAGAUCGUGGAGAAGUCAAUGCCAUCUACCUCCUGAUCAGAGGCAGUAUCCCCAGCAAGAGAAACAAGAAGAGGAAGACCAUGGACAACUCCGCAAGCCACGUAUCCAGGCCUCUAAAUUCAUGAUAGCUCAACCUCCACCUCAACAAUCACAAGUGUUGUCAUACAGUCUGGCAAUGGCAGGCAUUGUACGAGGUGGAGCUGCUAUGAAUCCAGAAAUACCACAGGCAGCUGGUAGAGCACAGAAAAUGGCAGCCGUUGGUCGUGGCAGUGUGCCUGCAGUGGGUCGUGGUAUGGCCACAUCUUUGCCACCUGCUGGACGUCCUAUGGGGAGAGCAUCUGCUCUGAACUAUGCUCAAAAUAUGAAUGGAUCAUCAAAAGUUAAUGGCAUGAUGAGCAUGAACAACUAUGGUCAGACUAUGAAUGGCACAGCACAAGUUAAUGGCAUGAUAAGUAAUGGAGCCAAAUCAAAAACAGGACCUCCAGGGUUUAACAGUCAGUUUGCUGCUUCUGAAAGAGAAGAGGAAAUGCAAUCUCCAGGUCAGUUUGCAGAUUUUGAUGAUAGAGAAGAAGAUGUAGUAAAAGUUGGUGGCAAUAAGGAGAAUGAGAGUCCUCCUGCCCCUUCUAGAGCCCCUGCUGGUAUUGGUAGAGGUGUGGCAUUAUUACCCCUUCUGCUUUUAGUGUUGGCCUGGGAAGAGGGGUGCUAAGAGAUACAGAAGGAGCUCCUACAUCUCCAUCAUUUGUUGUUGUUAAAGUACCAUCAGAUACUGGAGAGAUAAGCAGAGUUUCCCCUGUAAAAGAGGGGUCCAUUAAUGCAAAUUUUGAAGAUGCUAAGAAAAGAGAAAUCAAGAAAAUCGAGAAGAAAUUGAAGCAGAUUGAACUUCUUGAAGAAAAACAUGAUGAAGGAUACUCAUACAAUAAAGAUGAGAAGCUUAAAGUUGGAGCCAAGGACAAGUUGUUAAAGGCAUUAGAGGAAUUAACAUUGUAAUGGGAGAUGUGAAGGACAGAUUACAAUUUGAUGGACAAUACUGAACCAUUAAAAAGUCAAGUUGAUAUUAGGACACCAUAUUAUAUAUAUUUUUUUUAAUUUCUAGUACCAAUAAAUAAUGGGACUUUUAUUAUAAAUUAUAUUUUUAAUGAUUACGGGUUUUAUAAUCCAAUCUCAUGGUUUUAUUUUGUAAAGAACACAAAGUUUGUUCAAGUGAAAAAUCACUCUUAUUGGUGUUUUUUCAAGUGAUUGUUUGUGAAUUAUUGUGAAGCGCCUCUAUACAUUGAAUAAAAGGAUAUGACAUGUUUUGAAAAUGUAAGGCCAAGCAAUUGAACAAAGAUCCUGGAUUCAAAAGAAGCACCAUCAGAUAUAUACCAGAACUUUGAUAAUGUUAAGCAGCUGUUAGUGCUCAGUAUUACAAAAAACAAAUAGAGAACUUGGUGCUUAAAGCUUGAAAAAGCAUGGAAACCUAGUGCUUAGUGCUAAAGAAAGUUGGUACAACUUAGUGCUUUGUGCUAAAAAAGGUUAGAGAACCUAGUGCUUAGUGAUUGGAAAAAAAGAACCUUAUGCUUAGUGCUAAAGAAAGGUCUGAUACCCUUAGGUUAAGUGUAUUAAAAAGGCCAGAGAACUGUAUGCUUAUUGCAUAAUAAAAGUCUGAUAACCUUAUGUUUAGUGUAUUAAAAAGGUCAGAGAACCUAUCUUUAAUAGAUAUAUGAAUAGAUGUGUAAUGUAUAAAGCUGAUUAGAUUUAGAUGUUGUUAGUUGAAUUUAGAAUAUUGUAGUUUUUGAAAGUACAGCU